AGUGGGGAAAUGAAUAGUAAACUGGAAACGACGUCGUUCCCAGUGAGUGAGUGAGGCGUCCUUUCGGCCUAGGAUUCACCGUCGUUUACGACACCCUCUCGUUGGUGGCUCAGGUCGCCACCCUUUCGCUCCCUCGACGAGUUCGUCACUCUCUCUCUCAUACAUACAUAUUCGACUCCAACACUCCAUCCAUCCUCCAUUUCUAAAACUCUCUCUCUCUCAAAAAUGGAAGCAGCUUCACCAGCUCUCUCCCGCAUAGGCCUCGCCGGUCUCGCCGUGAUGGGCCAAAACCUAGCUCUCAACAUCGCCGAAAAAGGCUUCCCAAUCUCCGUCUACAACCGCACCACCUCCAAAGUCGACGAUACCCUAGAUCGAGCUCACCGCGAGGGCCUCCUCCCUCUCACCGGCCACUACACCCCCCGCGACUUCGUCCUCUCCCUCCGCCGCCCCAGAUCCAUCAUCAUCCUCGUCAAAGCCGGCUCUCCCGUUGACCAAACCAUCGCCGCCCUCUCCGCCCACAUGGACUCCGGCGACACCAUCAUCGACGGCGGCAACGAGUGGUACGAAAACACCGAACGCCGCCUCCUCCAGGUCGCCGACAAGGGCAUCCUCUACCUCGGCAUGGGCGUCUCCGGCGGCGAAGAGGGCGCUCGUCAUGGCCCUUCUCUCAUGCCCGGUGGUUCCUACCAGGCUUAUCUCAACAUCGAGGACAUCGUCAAGAAGGUUGCAGCCCAAGUCGAGGAUGGUCCGUGUGUCACCUAUAUUGGGGAAGGAGGGUCUGGGAAUUUCGUGAAGAUGGUUCAUAAUGGGAUUGAAUAUGGUGAUAUGCAAUUGAUUUCCGAGGCUUAUGAUGUGUUGAAGAAUGUUGGGGGUUUGUCGAAUGCUGAAUUGGGUGAGAUUUUCAGUGAUUGGAACAGAGGGGAGCUUGAGAGUUUCUUGAUUGAAAUCACUGCGGAUAUUUUUAGAGUGAAGGAUGAGGAUGGAGAUGGGGAGUUGGUGGAUAAGAUUUUGGACAAGACCGGGAUGAAGGGGACUGUUUUGUUGAGUGUUGCUUGCAUGCUCGAGCUGUCCAUGGCGGCGCCGACGAUUGCGGCCUCUUUGGAUUGCAGGUACUUGAGUGGGUUGAAGGAGGAGAGGGAAUCUGCGGCCGAGGUUUUGAAAGAGGCGGGAUUGAAAGAGGAGGUUGGGGCAGUUAGGAGUGGGAUUGAUAAGAAGAGAUUGAUUGAUGAUGUGAGGCAAGCAUUGUAUGCUUCAAAGAUUUGUAGUUAUGCUCAAGGGAUGAACUUGUUGAGGGCAAAGAGUGUUGAGAAGGGUUGGAAUUUGAAUUUGGGGGAAUUGGCUAGGAUUUGGAAAGGUGGGUGUAUUAUUAGAGCUGUGUUUUUGGAUCGGAUUAAGAAGGCCUAUCGACGGAAUCCGAAUUUGGCGAGCUUGGUAGUGGACCCGGAAUUCGCUAGAGAGAUGGUGCAGAGGCAAGCGGCGUGGAGGAGAGUUGUUGGGUUGGCGAUUUCAGCCGGGAUUAGUACUCCGGGCAUGUGUGCUAGUCUUGCUUAUUUCGAUACUUAUAGGCGGGCAAGGCUUCCUGCAAACCUUGUUCAGGCUCAGAGGGACUUGUUUGGGGCACAUACCUAUGAGAGGAUUGAUCGCUCGGGGUCAUUUCAUACUGAAUGGACAAAGCUUGCUCAAAAGGGUGAUGAGCAAGAAGGCGGUGACGCCUAGAUGUGAUUCGCGAGCUUGUUUUGGAUUUUUGGUUAUGUCGGCUUGACUUGUAAUCACUUCGGCAGUCUUGAAAAUUAUGCUUCUCGACUUGUAAUACUUGUAAUUUGCACACGUCGGCUUGAGAAGCCUUUUGAUCAAAAUGUAUUAAGUACUUUACUUCAUUUGUACUAAGUUGUAACCCAUGUGAAGAUGUUUGCCAUUUCAUUUGACUUACGCACAGCUCUCAUGGACUAAUCUGAUUUGUAUGUAUUGCUUCCGUA